AUGGACGGAGGAGGCGGCGAUCGCAUGGACGUCGACGACGACGACAACAGCGCGGGCGGUGGGCCGACGAGAAGAGGGGAGGGCGACGGGCCCCACAAGAACCCCUCCUCCGUUUCACCCCCCUCCCCCCGCCGCAGGAGGGGGAGGGGAAUGCCAAAGCUCCAGCUGUUCGACCUCGUCGCAGGAGGGGCUUUCGAGCGAGCCCUGGAGGGCAUGGGACGCCAGGAGGGCGGGGAGGAGGGCGUGUGGUCGUACCUGCCGCUGUUCCUGCAGAUGCUGAGGGACGGCAGUACCAAGUCUGGUGCGGAAGUCGGAGAUCGCUUCGACAAGCUUCUCAGGGAGCUCGUCAGGGUCGUGGUGCAGAACCGUAGGGCCGACUCCACGGAAGACUACCUAAACAUCGCGAGGGAUUGCUGCACGCACCUCCGCAAGGGCCCCACCCCCACCACCACCACCGCCUCCUCGCGGAUGGCUUCGAGACUGGCGACGUCCUCCCCGCAACCCCUGCACUCGGCACCGUCGUCGAAGACGACGGACUCGCGGUCUGCGUCGCCGGUGCCUGCGGGGGGAGGGGGGGAGGGGGCGCAGCAGGGGCCGGCGAUGACGGAAUGGGACGUAGUGGUGGCUGCCAUCGACCAGGAGAAAGAGAAGGCCAACGCCGAAGCCGCAGGGGGCGGCGGCGGCGGGGGCGGCGGGAGCGACGCGGGGGGGAGUGUUUCGAGGCGUGACGGGAAACAGAUGGACCUGUUGCUGGAGGUGGAGUCGCUGGAGCCCAAGCAGCUCAUGUCGAGCGGUGGGAGGCAGUCGCCGAGCAGGGGUGUCGUUUCGCGAGCUUCUUCCCCUGCGGUGGGAGUUGGGGCGGCGGCGGGGGGCGGCGGAGCCGCUGCUGCGUCAGGGGCGGUAGAAGCUCGGGGUGGCGACGGCGGCGGCGGGGCGGCGGUAGGGCGAAGCGGAGACGGUGGUGGCGGUUCGUCAGAAAGCCUGGACUUGCUGAGUCAACGGUCCCUCGAGGAAGAGCUGCACAUGCUCCUGCCCGUGCUGCUAGCGCACGCCCCCCGGGUGAGGAUGCGGGAGUCUUCGGCGGCGUUGCUCCGGACGCGAUUCGCCCCGUCCCUGCUCCAUGUCUCCGCCAUGAACGACCCCCUCAGCCUGGAAAGCAUCGUGCUGGGUGUGUGCGACGCCGUCGCCGCUACCCCGGGGAUCACCGCGACACGCACGUCCCACAGGGUCUCGAGGCGGGCGGAGGAGCUCGUGAUGCGGCUCUGCGGGCUGGGGGCCAUAGCCAGCGUUAAGGUUCGCCAAGUCCUGCGCUCCGGCCACGGGAGGCACCACCGGCAGGAGGACAACGGAGGUGUUGUCGGGACAGGGGGCGGGAACGCGGGGCUGAAUUCGCACUGGUUCUGGGGGCACCUCCGCAAGUCUCCCGCCGUCACGGAGCAGCUCCUGGACACGGUGCUCGCUAAGGUCGAGGCCCUCGCUCGGGAGACCGUAGGCGGCGGCGGCGGGGCGGCGGCGGCGGCGUACAGUGACCGCAGCGCUGGAAGCAGCACCGCUCCCGCCACCACCGGCACCGUCGGCGAGCUCUCCGUGGCCCUGCGCGCCUACUGCGAGCUGGUGGGCCUCGGGCGACCGGCGGCGCUGACCGAGCGUCACCUGCAGGCGGCCAUGUCGGCCCCAACCGACGCGCUUGAGGCUGUGCUGCUGCUGCUGUCUGCUGCCCCCGGCCCGGCAGCCGCUGCGAUGACGGCGGCGACGGCAGCGAGAAAAGCUGCUACAACGUCUGUCGGGGGGGAGCAAGGCGACGAGGCCGGGAUGUCAGCGACGGUAGCGAAGCUGGAGGAGAUCAUCGUGUGCUCGAUCUUGUUGACCGCGGGCGGGGUGGCCGCCGCCGCCGCCACCGGCGGCGCCGUUGCCGGCGGCAGCGGUGCAACGGGCAGAGUCGGCAGCGGCGCCGGCGGUGGCAAGAAGGUCGAUGACGACGGCGGCGGCAGUCGCACGGCGGCGGCAGGCGUGGGCGCCGAGAAAGGAGCGAGGCAUUGCGCUUCUGCCUUGCGUCGCCUCGUCCUCCUCUGCCGCUCGACUACUACCGGCGGCGGCGGCGGCAGCAGAAAAAGCGGCAACGGGGCCCGCCGCUGCUGCUGCUGUGCGGGGCUCUACGCCGCUCUGUUGCUCCGUGGGGCGCGUUUCGAAGCGGUCGCCAAGGUGGUGUCGGGGGCGCUGGGAUCCACCCCACCGCCGCUGACCGGCCCCGACGGCAUGGACGCCCUCGACGCCCUCCGGGACGCCGCGCUAGCCGCCUCGGAGUCCGAGUUCCCUCGCCCGCCGUCGUCCCCGCGUCCCUCCAACAACACGGCUGCCGAUGCCGCCGCCGCCGCCGCCGCCACCGCCUCGCCGCCGGUGUCCCCCCGCGGCGGCCCCAAGCUCACCGCCGCUCGACGCGGCUCGGAGGUCAUGCCGCCGCUUUCCCUGGCGGGGGGCGGCGGCAGCGGGAACUCCAGCGGGGCACCGACGCCGACUCCGCGCGUGCGGCCACGGUCAUGGUCGGCAGGCUCCGGUGGCGGCGGGGGCCGUGGGAGUGGUACCAGCAAAGAAGCUGCAGCGGGUGCAGCGGCGGCGGCGGCGGUGGCGGUGGCGGCGGCCGCCGGGGGGGCCGGGUGGUUCUCCGAGCCUGCCCUUGCCGACUGCGUGAAAGCGCUACCGCCGAGCUGCUCGGUCCCCGUCGCGGCAGCGGCCCCUGGCUCGGCUCUGGCACCGACCGUGUCGGAAGGGGUGGAGGGAGAGCCACCGGCGGUAGCAACAGCGGCGGGGGGCGGCGCGAUCGUGGCGGCGGCGGCGGGCGGGGGGCGAUGGAGGCUAUGUCCGGUGGAUUGCGUAGAGGAGGCGCUGGAACAGGGGCUCCUGGUCCGGUGCCGCAUCGACCUUCGAGACUGGGUCUUAUCCACCAUUCUCGGCGCGGGCACCGGAACCGCCACCAGCAGCAGCAGCAGCAGCAGCAGCGGCGGCGGAGCACCGGGGGGCAAGGUCGAUUUACACCCGUCGCUGUUGCGCGUGGUUUGCCUGUACGCGAAGGCGUGUGUCCCGCCCGAUCUCGGGGCGGGGGACGGCGCGGGGAAGGCGUUUGUGAUGACGGCGCUGCUGCCGACGGAGAUUGCGGAGAUCGUGCGGGCCGUGGACUGGGUGGGCUUGACGGUGGCGAUGCCACCCCCGAAGGACCCCCUUUUUCCGGGCAUGCCGCCUCCCCUCCCUCACCCUUCCAUGACGCCUUCGGCGGGCCUGCUGCAGCCGGGCGGUGUGGUGGUGGGGGCGCCGCGGGCGGUGGGAGGGGGGGGGGUACGGAAACCCGGCAACUGGACGGGAGGCGGUUCUAGUCGCGGAGAGGUGGUGAUCGUGUCUGAAGCGAUGCCAGCCUUGCUCGCCACUUGCUUCGCGCUGUACCACACCCACUGCAUCUCGUUGAGGAGGAGCCCUUUCCCGGCACCGUUCCGCCUGGUCCGGUGAAAACCCGGCGUGCUCCGUCCCGGCUUUGUAGGGAUGCGAGGUCAAUGGU